AUGAAAGUCGAAUAUGGAGAUGCCCCUCAAGCGAUCGCCCCAACGGAGAAUGAGCGAAGUGCUGGUGUCUACUCAUCACGCAAUUUGCAGCGAGUGUUGUCAGGGCUGCACCGGGAUGGGCUAGUAGUUUUGAGAGGCGUGAUAGAUGUCAGCCAUGUUGAUGCCUUGAAUGAAGCCAUGUGCGAGGAGGCGGAGAAGAGGAUCGCCGACCCGAGUCAAGUGUUCAACCACAACCUCAAGUCCAACUUCCUUCAAAGACCGCCGGUGACACAAGCAAAUUUGUUACAGGACGAUGUGUAUUUCAACCCGUUCCUCUUACAGGUGGCCAACGCAUACCUUGGCCAGACACCGAUCUGGAACUGGCUGACUGCCAACACAGCCCUAGCCAACACGGCCGGCAUGCGCCAGAACGAACACAAGGACUCCAUGUUCGACCACCCACAGUGCCCGUACUACUUCAUCGCCAACAUCCCUCUGUGCGACUUUAGUGUUGCCAACGGCGCGACCGAGUUCUGGCUCGGCUCGCACGCAGACACGACCAUUGCGGACCAACAGCACGUCACUGACGAGACGCGUGCCACGUGGAAGCCCUCUGCUGCCACAGACCGCAUCCCGUGGAUAUCCGCGGAGGCCAAGGACGCGCGUCGCGCGGUGAGGCCGCCGGUCCAGCCGGAGGUGUUGCGGGGGGACAUCAUGAUCCGCGACUUGAGGACGUGGCAUGCCGGCAUGCCGAACCAUAGUGAUAAACACCGGAUCAUGCUCGGGCUGGGAUAUCAAAGCCCCUUGCAUCCAAACUACAAGCAGCGCCUCCACCUCCCUGCGUCGCAGCAACACUUCUUUGUGGGUCAUUCACGUGGCAGAAUCGAGGUCAGGGCCAACUUCUAUGAUGAUGAGGAAUUUGAAAAGACCAAAGCAGACUCGGUGUUUGAUAUUCGGCCCCGAUACGAAGAAGAUGAGUAG